UGUCUCACAGUCGGUCGCUGGCUGGUCGAGGUACAGGUGAUGCCGACAGCGUGGCACCCUCUUAUCGGGAUACCAAUACAAUUCUGAGCUCCGAGGGCGUCGAGGUUCGGCGUUCAGAAGAAUAAGCGCCUAGCUCGCGGGCCGCGGUCGGGUCGUAUUUUUUUUCUUUUAUUUUUUUCCUUGGCGCUGAUCGGUGGGAGGACGAAAGAAAUUUUGUUAAAAGUGAGACAUAAAAAACUGUCGGAAUGUCGUCGCGUUAAUCGUGCGAAAAUUUCUAUCGUCUCGUAGAUGUACGGAUAAAAGAAACGACGUCGGACCCGAACGUCCCAUUUUUCGUUUUCUUUGUAUAUUUGGUUUUUUUUUUUCUUCGAGGGAUAAAUUUCGAAUUUCUCAACCAGUUUAUUCGUUUGAUUUCUGAUCGUUUUCAGUGAUAUAAUCGCAAAUGAAUAUUGAAACGAUCGCGAGGCCAGGGGGGUGAUUUACUUUCGUUGAUUUAUUUUGAAAGAUACGAAACGAUUGAUGAAAUAAACGUAACAUGUGAGACCCAAUAAUCGUGGAAUCGAAAAGGUCAAACAUCGUUCACGUACGAUCUACCUACGAAUAAUAUUGAUAACAAUCAACAAAGAUAGGUACGCCUAGAUUCGUUCGUUCGUUAAAGAGUGUCGAAUUGUCAAAGAAACCAAACGGAUGAUACAAGUUGGAAGAUACAUUGAAAAUUCUAGCUGCAGUGCGUGCGAUAAAAAUGUUAUUAAUUUUUGGGAACAAAAUCUAACAUAUAAAUCGGAUGAACGUCACAAUAAAAAGACGGACGAGUGUUCGAGUAGAGAAUGUUAAAGGGAAGACGUAUUACAAUGAAUUGUCAGAUUUGAUCGUGAUCGUAAAUUUUUUCAGUGUUUUCGAACGAUUUUUCGUUUCUCUUGUUUACCUGUAAGGUGCACUCAAACCUGCGUUAUUCGAUCGUCGCAUCGGCGGAAUAUUAUGAUCAGAAGAAAAAUAUUGUCGCUUGGGUAUUACGCGGUGUAAGAAGUGUUUGCUAUACCCGCGUGAGAAUAACUUUUUCAUCGUAAUGAAAAAUAUUGAAUCAAUUUUCGUUCGUGAAUGGCGCGGCUGAAGCUUUCCCCAUUCAGAGCGAAAAAUUGAUUUAUAAGAAGCGGAAAAAUAACCUCCGCUUUACACGUGGUGCUCCCGACGCGAAUGGCGGUACAUAUUUAUCAAUCUAUGUACAUACAUUAUACCCGCAUGUAUAUCGCUCGGAAAUGAUUAUAGUACAUAGUACGGAACCUGUGUACAUAAAACUACCGGAAAUUAUUGUCAGCCAAUACGUACACAUAUAACGUAAAUUUUAAUUGCACGAACACGAAAGUAAUGGAUAAAAUCGCGGCAUUAAUAUCUGUGUUGCAAAAUUCGUAACCGUCACAAGAAGAACAAAAAAAAAAAAAAAACAAAAACAAAAACAAAAAAAAUCUACCACCUGUGAAUAAUUAUUAUUUUUUAUUUCUGUUUAUAAUUAUUUUCCCUUUUUGUUGAAGGUUGCAAAAUUUUUUGUGAAAAACAAUAAAAUUUUCGAUAACGAAUAAUACCGAAGACCGACUUCCGUGAUAAACUUUUACGUUACUGUAAACCGUGUAAAAAACACUUUGACGCUGCAACCAAGUGAAAUAAAGUUCUGCGGUCCAAUUAAACAAUGGAAACGAUCGAGUCUCCGAUCCGUAGUGGUGCACAGUGAACUGUUAAAAUAUCCGGAUAUACGAUGACGGAGGAGCUUGAACGUAGCCGGGCGGCCGAUAGCUUCGCCUGGUUUUCGAACGAGUAUUGCAGAAAGUUUCGCGCUUGAAAAGAGAAGAGAGAGGAAAAACGUGGAGUAAAAGGAAAGUCGAGGCAUAAUAAAAUACAGGUAUUUCAGAGAGCGACAAAGGAGCGGAUUCAGGUCCGAGAGGAAGAGUGCGCGGAGGUUGGCGAAGAGGAGGUGGGCGAGCGGAAAGAGGAGGAUACAGGGAAAGAUGGCAAGUAGAACGCGGAAACCUUCGUGGGCUCGGGAAUCGAAAAUUUCAUGAUUUUUUCGUCGCGGCUAAACAGGGAAAGCGAAACCCCGAAUAAAGGGGUAAGAAGCGGAGAAGGAGGAGAAAAGGGUCAAAGUUCAGCCGUUCGGUUAUCGACAGCAUGGAACCAAAGGCGUUGUCCUCACCCUUUACCAACUUGGCGGCGAGGAUUAAUGCAACAGUUCGCAGCAUCGCGCGUCACUAUGACGCACAACUACCGAGCAGCAACAGGUUCGACGAUCGGCCGGAAGCAGCGGUGGGAGUCAACGAUAGCUCCGACCUUCUGAGGGACCCCGGUAAAGACGGUUACAGAACGAACGUAACAAACCGACACGAGAACGGCAGCUUUACCGUGGACCUGAGCGCGGAUCUCGUAAGUUUGUUCAACGACACGACGACUCCGGGGUCCUCGGUCUCGCCCUCGUCGUCGUCGUCGUCGCCCUCGUCGUCGGCGUCGACGAACGAGACUUACUCCCCGAUAUCCGAUCUCUUCGUUUUCGACGACAUAAGCGACUACAUAAACAGAUUGAAUUACACGGCCUUCUCGAAUCUAACCUCCUACUACGAAGGAGCGAACCUCAACGUCACGACAUCCGGCAAUGGGAAUUGUACUUCCGUCAUAUCCGUUGACGGGGCUGGCGAGUGCGACGAUUCGGACGUUGAUAAAUCGAACGUUAACAAUUGGUGGGCUUUGAUACUGGUGGUUGUGCCGUGUCUAACGCUUUUCGGUAACGUACUGGUUAUACUGGCUGUCGCGAGGGAACGUGCUCUGCAAACGGUCACCAACUAUUUCAUCGUCAGUCUGGCUCUCGCCGAUCUUCUAGUCGCCGUCCUCGUAAUGCCCUUCGCCGUCUACGUUCUGGUGAACGGAGCUUGGUCUCUACCCGGUUUCGUAUGCGACUUUUACAUAGCCAUGGACGUCACCUGCAGCACAUGUUCCAUCUUUAAUCUAGUCGCUAUUUCCAUAGACAGAUACAUCGCCGUGACCCAGCCGAUAAAAUAUGCGAAGCAUAAGAACAAUAGGAGAGUAUGGCUAACGAUAUUGCUGGUAUGGGCGAUAUCGGCGGCCAUAGGUAGCCCCAUAGUUUUGGGACUGAACAAUACGCCGAACAGGAUUCCGGACUUGUGUCUUUUCUACAAUACCGACUUCAUAAUAUACUCGAGUCUCUCGAGUUUCUACAUACCCUGCAUCAUCAUGGUUUUCCUCUACUACAACAUAUUCAAGGCACUUCGAAACAGAGCGAAAAAAGCUCGAGCUGCUCGAAAGUCUAAUUUGGGUGACAUCAAGCCAGGCAGUAUAAUAGAGAACAUCGCUCACACGAGAAGUGUUUAUUCUGUUGCAAGGUUUGCCGAAACCGCACUGGGAGCUGCGGCGUUCGUUGCACCGGGUCUCGAAGAAGCAACGAACACAGCUUCGGGGAGUAACGAAGACGAAGAUGAAAAUGAGACGCCGAUGGACCCCGUGGUCGUUAUCUCGAACGACAAGAGCACGGAAUUCAUCUUGGCGACGGUGGUUGAGGAAGCUGCUUCUCGAUUCAGCGUGAUAGCCCAGACCCAACUGAGCGGCGGACCGAACGGGACCAGGGCGACGGAUUGUUCGUACGAUCCGGUUAGCAGUGCAAUUCACGAGGGUUUGGAAACGAACUCGAGUCCAAAUUUAAAGGGGGCGUCGGCAUCCUCUUCUUCCUCCUCACCUCCGCCCCUAAGGACGAUGUCAGCGUCGUUAGCGAGGAAAAAUGGUAGCAACAAACAGGAAUUGAAGAGGUUGAGAAGUACGGGAUCUCUGCUACCUUUUCAACUAGGACGAACACCGAGCGUUGGCAGUGGAAUGGCGGCUAAAAAGGAUAGAAAAAAUGCUUCAGCGGGAUCAAGGUUCACCAUAUACAAAGCCAACAAAGCUAGUAAGAAGAAACGGGAGAAAAGUUCAGCGAAAAAAGAACGGAAGGCGACAAAAACUCUGGCUAUAGUUCUUGGAGUCUUCCUGAUCUGCUGGGUUCCAUUCUUCACUUGCAACGUAAUGGACGCGCUUUGCGUGAAGCUCGCGCUUUCCUGCGAACCAGGAGUCACCGCCUUUAUCGUCACGACCUGGCUUGGAUACAUGAACAGCUUCGUGAAUCCCGUUAUAUACACUGUAUUUAACCCUGAGUUUCGAAAAGCCUUUAAAAAGCUACUCAGCGUCUGAGACCUUUUUGAAAAAAAGAAAAAAAAGAAAAACAAAUCACUCAGUCGUUUGUUUCUCUUUCAAAAAAGUUUGUUCGUUACUUUCAUCUUCUUUAUUUAAUUUUUAAUCUCUAACUUUUCUUUCGAAUUUAUAUAUACUUGUAUUUAAAUAUACCUACUAUAAACGAGCUCGCGAGUUAUCGCGGGAUUUUCUUCCAUCAUUUGUACAAUUCUUUUUUUACUUCUAGAAAGAUAAUAACUACGCUAAUUCACUUUCGAAUGUGAUUUUAUAUGUGGUCUGCCAGUCUGUUUGAUAAAAUUAUAAACUAAUUAAUCAUCGAUAUCAUGGCUUCUGAUCGCGGUACGUGAAAAUAUGUGCAUGUUACGUAUAUAAUGGUGGUGCGGUAUUAUUGCAAGGAUAAAAAUAUUAUUGGCGCUAACGAUAACGAUAAGAAUUAGUGAUGCUGAAACCAAGGAGGAUACCAAGUAUCCAGCUUGAAAAAAUAAAUCAAUAAUAAUCACAAUAUAUUUAUUAUAAGGCAUACGCUACACUUGAAUUACGUAUUUAUUAAGAUUCAGUCCAAUCUUUCGAAACAUAGUGAAAAAAUGUGGAAUUUGUUGAAUGAACAAAUCAAAAAUUAAGUAAAUAAAUUCUCUCCCGAAAAUGAAAUAAAACACAUAGGGGAGGG